UGUCCAGAACUCACCAUGUUAAUUUUCAAUAACACCACCACCUCCUCCAGUUUCCUCCUCACUGCAUUCCCUGGGCUAGAGCGUGUUCAUGUCUGGAUCUCCAUUCCGGUCUGCUGUCUCUACACUGUCGCCCUCUUGGGAAACACUAUGAUCUUGUUCGUCAUUAUUACUGAGCGGAGUCUUCACAAGCCCAUGUACUAUUUCCUCUCCAUGCUCUCAGCUGUGGACCUGUGUCUGACCAUCACAACUCUCCCCACUGUGCUUGGGGUUCUCUGGUUUCAUGCCCGGGAGAUCAGCUUUAAGGCCUGCCUCGUUCAGAUGUCCUUUGUGCACACCCUCUCCUUCCUGGAGUCCUCAGUGCUGGUAGCCAUGGCUCUUGACCGCUUCAUGGCUAUAUGUCACCCACUGAAGUAUGCUACCAUCCUUACAAACAAGAUGAUCUUGAUGAUUGGAUUGGUGAUCUGCACACGACAAAUGGUUUUCCUGUUUUCUAUUUUUGCAGCUUUGAAGAAUGUAUCUUUUCAUGGUGACCAGGAACUUUCCCACCCAUUUUGUUACCAUCCAGAUGUGAUCAAAUACACAUAUUCUAACCCCUGGGUCAGCAGUUUUUUGGGCAUGUUUCUUUUGCUUUACCUGAUUGGCACUGACUUACUGUUCAUUCUUUUCUCCUAUGUCCUGAUUAUCCGUACUGUUCUAAACAUUGUGGCCCCCAAGAAGCAACAGAAAGCUCUCAACACUUGUGUCUGUCACAUCUGUGCAGUCAUUGUUUUCUACGUUCCAAUGAUCACCCUGUCUUUAGUGCACCGUCUCUUAAGCUCCACCCCAAGGGUGGUCUGCAGCAUUCUAGCCAAUAUUUAUCUGCUCUUACCCCCUGUACUAAACCCUAUCAUUUACAGCUGGAAGACCAAGUCCAUCCGUCAGGCGAUGUUUCAGCUGUUCCAAUCUAAGGGUCCAUGGACCCCCGAGUGA